AUGAACUCUCCCUGUAUGGUUGGAGGAAAAUGUUCAAAGUUCUAUCCUAAGGAGUUUGUUGAUACAACAAACUUAGACAGAGAUGGAUAUCCAAUUUAUAGGAGGAGGGAUGAUGGUCGUUUUAUAGAGAAGAAUGGUUUCAAGUGCGACAAUACAUAUGUCGUCCCAUACAACAGAAAACUUUCUCUAAAGUACCGAGCUCACAUUAACGUGGAAUGGUGUAACCAAACUGGAUCGGUCAAGUACUUAUUUAAGUAUGUGCACAAAGGUCAAGAUCGUGUUACUGUAUCUGUUGAGGCAGGUCAAGAAGAGGAUGAAACAGAGUAUACCUCCGACGGUGUCAAUAUUAACUCAUCCAAAAAAAAGGAUGAUGUUCAAGAUUUCUUUGACUGCAGAUAUGUUUCCGCAUGUGAAGCUUUCUGGAGGACGAAUCAGUAUCCUAUACACUAUAGAACAACACCUGUUGUCAAACUUACAUUUCAUGAGGAAGGAAAGCAACCUGUUUUCUACAAAGAUGGCGACAAGCCAACUACCGUAUUAAAUCGCCCAACUCUUGAUCACACGAUGUUUACCGCUUGGUUUGAGUUGUGUCUAAGGGAUGAGGAAGCAAGAAAGCUUACAUAUGAACAGAUUCCAAAUAAAUACAUCUAUGAUAAAAAGGAGAAAGAGUUUCGUCCGAGAGGUAGAACUGGUUUCUCUAUUGGGCGAAUCAAUUAUGUGCCACAUAAUUUAGAAGAUUCAUACCAUCUUCGAAUUCUCAUAAACAGCAAAAAAGGUCCUACCAGUUUCAACGACAUUAAAACUGUCAAAGGUGUUCUUUAUAAAACCUAUAAAGAGGCAUGCUUCGCUCUAGGUUUGCUAGAUGAUGACAAAGAGUAUAUUGAAGGCAUAAAGGAAGCUAAUUUUUGGUGUUCAUCAAAGUUUUGUCGUAGACUUUUUGUGAUAAUGCUUAUAUCUGAAAGUUUAACUUCUCCUAAAACUGUAUGGGAAGAAACAUGGAAAAUCCUUUCAGAAGAUAUUGAGAGAAAAGAAAAACAGAGGAGACAACGUCCAGACACGGAAAAAAAGAAAUUGCUACUAAGAGAGUUACAGAAGCUAAUGAAAAGAAAUGGAUGUUCAUUGCAAAAAUACAAGCUUAUGCCACACAUAUCUCUUGAAGAUGUAACAUUGCCUAAUCAGUUGAUACUGGAUGAACUCAACUACAACCGUGAGGAUUUAGCAAAGAAACAUGAUGGUUGGAAAAAGAUGCUAACAGAAGAACAGAAGAAGAUCUAUGAUGAGAUAAUGGAAGCUGUAAUCAAUGACAAAGGUGGUGUAUUUUUUUUAUAUGGAUUUGGAGGAACAGGGAAAACAUUUUUGUGGAAAGUAUUGUCUGCAGCAAUAAGAUCAAACGGUCAUAUUGUUCUCAAUUCGGCAUCUAGCGGUAUUGCCUCUCUACUACUGGAAGGAGGAAGAACAGCUCACUCUAGGUUUGCCCUUCCUUUAAAUCCAAAUGAAACUUCUACUUGCAACAUGUCAAGGAGCUCAGAACUUGGUGCGUUGGUUAAAGAAGCAAAGUUAAUCAUAUGGGAUGAAGCUCCAAUGAUGAGUAAAUACUGCUUUGAGACAUUAGACAGAAGCUUGAAAGAUAUUAUGAGGAGUAAAGAAGACAAAUUGUUCGGAGGAAAAGUUGUCCUUUUUGGAGGUGAUUUCAGACAAAUUCUUCCCGUUAUUGUUGGCGCAGGAAGGGAAGCGAUUGUCAAUGCAUCAUUAAACUCUUCAUACUUAUGGAAUCAGUGCAAAGUUUUAAGAUUGACAAAGAAUAUGAGGUUGCUUCAAGACAUUGGUAAACAAGAGGCCAGCGAGAUAGAAGAGUUUUCUAAAUGGAUACUCGCAGUUGGAGAAGGAAAAAUUAAUGAGCCUAAUGAUGGUGUGUGUGAAAUAGAUAUCCCACAAGAGUUACUUAUUCCAGAGGGUUCCUCUCCGUUAGAGUCAAUCAUUGAAGCUGUUUACGGAAAGAACUUUGCCACUCAAAAAGAUCCUAAAUUUUUCCAAGAACGAGCUAUUCUUUGCCCUACGAAUGAAGAUGUCAAUUCUAUCAAUGAUGUCAUGUUAUCAAGUCUAAACGCUGAAGAAAGAAUUUAUCUAAGUUCUGAUUCAAUUGACCCUCAAGAUAAACGUGCUCUGAAAAAUAAAGUUUACUCACCAGAUUUUCUAAAUACCAUUAAGGUUUCGGGUAUACCUUAUCAUAGGCUUCGUUUGAAAAUAGGUUGUCCGAUUAUGUUAAUGAGAAAUAUUGAUCCGCAUGGUGGUUUAAUGAAUGGUACAAGACUGCAGAUCACCCAAAUGGCGGACCAUGUUUUGCAAGCUCGGAUUUUAACUGGUACGCGAGUUGGUAAGAUAGUUCUCAUCCCUAGGAUGUUGAUAUCACCAUCAGAUACUAGGUUGCCUUUCAAAAUGCGCCGAAGACAGUUCCCAGUGUCAGUUGCUUUUGCAAUGACUAUCAAUAAGAGUCAAGGUCAAUCUCUGGAAAAUGUUGGUAUAUACUUGCCUAGACCCGUUUUCUCCCAUGGUCAGUUAUAUGUAGCAAUGUCAAGAGUUAAAUCAAAGUCUGGAUUGAAGAUGUUGAUAACAGAUGCUGAGGGAAAACCUCAAACAAAGACCACCAAUGUUGUUUUUAAAGAAGUUUUCCAAAAUCUUCACUAG